AUGACGGCCCUGGCAACCCCCCAACGGUCGCCACUUUUCUCCCCAGAUCCGUUGCGCUCACCCACCACCCAAAGAUAUUUCCUGAACGACCUCCACAACCUCCACGAUAUUCACUCCAAAUCCCCCAUGCAACAUGAUUUCUCCUCCCGCGAUUCUCCUAGUCCCGUCGCCUCCACGGAAUCGUCUCUUCCGCCUUCUCCGAACUUCACUCCGACCGUCCAGGAUCCCCUCUACACACCGACUCUGAGCAGUUUAUCGCUCGACGAGGAGCUACUGCUCCCUUCCGAUAAGGUGGAGGCAGAGACAGAGACAGAGACAGAAACAAAAGAUCUCGAUACCUUGAGCGACGCCUCAAUAGAUCUACCAUCUCCCUCCGCACUCUUGAAUACCCACCCAGCUGCCGACGAUACCUCUGUCGAGGACGAACCAUCCCGUCAUGUCGACUACCUGGCCCAUGAAUGGAAGGAGGAGGAUAUCUGGGCCUCCUGGCGAUAUGUGACCGCUCGCAGAGGUGACUACAGUAAUGGUGUCCGACUGGAGAAUGCGUCGUGGAGGACAUGGGCCAAAGCCAAGAAUAACCUCGGAACAAUCUCUCCAGAGACCUUGAACUGGCUCAAGGACUGUGAUGUCACUUGGCUAUAUGGUCCCCUCAAAACCUCCGCCUCAACCGACGCCAUGACAUCUGAUGGCUCUCCUCCGCCCAGUCGUCUGGAAACCCCCAACUCUUAUCUCGAGCGAAAGCCCAUCUUAAAAAAGAAAACCGCAUCAGAAGCGAUCCUCCAACGCUCCCUCUCCCAACACACCCUCCUACAACAUGCGGGUGCCAUUCUCAAAGCCCAAGAGGCAAAUGGUUGGUCUCGCCCGCCAUUCCCCCGAUCCAAUACAGACCUCGACCAACUUCACCACCGGACGGGAAGCUCGACAUAUUCCCUCGGUGGUACUCUCACCACUUCGUCCUCUGGUAUGACUUCCCCCAGUGAGCGGCGGCAUAUCCACUUCAACGAUGAGGUGGAGCAGUGUAUUGCAGUCGACAUCAAAGAAGGCGAUGGAGACUGGCCGGCCGUGGAUGACGAGUCUUCAUCAGAUGAUGGAGUGUUUCAGCAGCGACAGCAAAACAAUCGCCCCAUUACCCUCCACCACCUUGAAAUACCGCGGGGACACCCCGGAGCCACGCGAGUCAAUCCUUGCUCGGUGGUCAUCUCUUUCAUCACAACCUGCAUCUUCCUCCUCCACCACCACCACCACCACCACCACCUCCCCCUCCUCCCUAAAUUAUCACCCACUCCCUCCGUGGAAACCCUCCGCCCACCUCAAUCCUCCGCCAAUUUCCUCCUUGAUGACGAUGAUGAAGAUCCGAGUCUCGAUUUUACGGGCCAUUACCGGACUCAAGACCAGCCAUGGUUUGUCCCUGAAGAUGAGGAUGAAAUGACCACUCGACCACUCCGACUUACCUCCUCGGGCAUGUUUAUGCCGUGCGGCGAGGGGGAGGGCGAAGGCGAAGGAGAACCUGUCAGUAAUGGUCUCCUUGGCCGUGUGGUUGAUACGGUGAAUACCGCACGAGAUAUUGCCCAUGUUAUUUGGAAUGUGGGCUGGCGGAGGUGA